GUGUCCGUCACCCAGGAACCAGAGGAGGGUAGGCUGCUCCGACCAAGAUGGCGACCCGCGAUGAAGCAGGAAACACAUUUGGUUUUCAGUAAUAUUCCUCAGUCGAGAGUCUCGGUCGGACGGUGUAUGUUGGAAGAAGGGUGAGAAGAGUUUUUGGAGACCCAGGACAGAGCAGAUGCUGAUACUCUAAAUGGCUGCGAGGAAGUCUGGAUCAGAUAUCCACAACAAUGGACCCAUCAGCUACCUUGAUGAUGUUCCUUUCAAGCUCAACGACAAAUUUCGCUGCCCUGCAAAAGUGGGUCUGCCCAUUGGCUUCUGUUUGCCCGACUGUCAUUCUUUGCUGUCAGACAUGCAGUAUGACUUCUCAUUGGAGAAACGGAGUGUGUGCUGGGGGGAGGGCCUGGCCAAGGUGCGAGCUGACGAGGCUCAAGCAGCUGAGUUAAGGCGGGUGGAAUCCGAGAAAGACAGACAGGCUGCUUCACAGGACAGUGAUGCUGGAUUGGCUGGUGGAAAGAAAGCCCAUCCUACUGAUGAACAGGACCUCCUCCCACCUGCGCUGAAUCCUGUCCUGGCAGGCCUCCGGCACAAUGCCAUCCUGACCCCACUUCCUGCCCCAAGUUUUGGACCAGCACAACCAGCACCCAACAACCCAGCCCCUCAGAGCCUCAACCUGGCUGACUUUGAGCGAGAGGAGGACCCUUUUGACAAGCUGGAGCUCAAAACGCUGGAUGAUAAAGAGGAGCUGCGCAGCAUCCUCCAGAGCCAGCCUCAUUCAUCUAUCUCAGCCCCUGAGCCCCCUCCUCCAGAACCUCGCCCCGCCUCACAGAGCAACACCCCACCUCUACAGGCCAAAUCGGCCCUCUUCCAUAAACCCAAUGGGCUGAUAGGGCUGUUGGACUUGGAGCGGCCAGGUGGCGGGGGCGUGGUGGCCACCAGAGGACAAAUUGAUGCUGAACGUCCCUGCAACAUUCGCUCUCUGACUUUUCCCAAGCUGUCGGACCCAGGGGAUUCACCCUCAGAGCCACCCCUCAACUUGUACCCAGCAGCUCCACCACGCAGCCUACCUAAUGGUACGCCACCAUCACUGCUGAGAUCAAUACCACAUACAAAUUCUUCGAUGCCUGGAGAACUGUCAGGCCAUGCUCCGAAUGGAACACCAAAGCAGUCCAGUCCUGUCCCUGCAGCUGGCCCUCCCUCACACCCAACACCUGCUAGUGAAGCACUGCUCAGUCUUUCUCCUAGUGAGCGGCAAUGUGUGGAGACCAUAGUGGGCAUGGGCUACUCUUACGAGGGGGUUCUCAAAGCCAUGCAGAGGCAAGGGCAAAAUGUUGAACAGGUUCUGGAGUACCUUUUUGUCCACAGUCGACUGUGUGAGCGAGGCUUUGACGCCACUACUGUGGAAGAGUGUUUGGAGAUGUACCAGUGCUCUGAGGAAAAGGCUCUGCAGUUUCUGCAGCUGAUGUCCCAGUUUGGUGAGAUGGGCUUUGAAAGAGAUGCCAUUAAAGAGGUUCUGUUAGUGCAUAAUAAUGAUCAGGACAAAGCUCUGGAGGACUUGAUGGCUCGUGCUGCUGCAAGCUGAACCAGAGCAGUGUCUCCUCCUAGAGUCACCCCUUCCUUGCCCCUCAACACUGCGACCACAGAGAGAAUGAGAGUGAGAGAGUGCUUGUGGGUGAGAGCAUGUGAAGGAAACGGAGGUAGGGGUGUAGGCUGAGGGUGCCUCAGACAGGAUAAGUAAAUAUGUACCCCUUAAAAAACAUAAGCCCUUUGAGGUAGGGUUUGAAUUGGACCAUGCAGCGUCACCUUCAUCCCGCCUCAGCUAUAACCCUGUUAAGUGAUCUUAGAGUGGUUGUGGGUGGGAGGAGACUGAGCCCUCGUCAGUGGAGCAGCAUUGGCUUGUUUCUCCAUCACCGCGCAGGCGUAACUGGCGAACAUUGGGGUGGUGCUGAAGAGAUGGAAUUGAGAGGAUUCCAGUGGGAGCUCAGUUCCAAAGGACAUGGACUCACUCCCAGCUACAACGCUGCCAUCUCUCGCUGCUGAACGCAGGCUUUCAGAACUGAUGGGAACUUAAUACAUACAUACACUCAUGCACACCACGUCUGAACAGAGAACUCAAAGAAGUGCCCUCUCUGUUCCUGCUACUGACUGGCUUUCUUUUUCUCUGAUCUGUCUCUGCUGUUUUUUUUUGUUGUUGUUUGUGCAUAUGUUCAUUUGUUGAGCUGUUUAACAGACGAAAUCAUUUUGUUUUAUUUUUGUCCUUUUUUCGAGAUUCUGUUUCUUUGCCCUCUGGUAUAGGAACUUGAUUAACCGGACUAAUUACCGCAGUGUAUGUUGGGGACAACAAAUAAGAAAAAGAUGCCUAGAUGGCUUUUGCACUGGAAUGGACAGCACAUUUAAGUUGAAAGGAAAGAGCCGAAGUGUUUCUGGAAAUGCAAUAUUUAAAACGUCAUUUUUCUCCAAGCAUUUUCCUCCAAAUGUCAUGCAAGUCUGGAUACUGCACAGACACACCGAAUCACAGAUAUUAAUAUAAACUUAUUUAAAUUUGUUCAAGGAUACACUGACACUUUCAAUCUAUAAUAAAGAUUUAGAAAAUCUUUACCAUUAGCCAGUGGAUGUUACAAGUAUAUGGAAAUUCAUGUCAACAUGGUUAAUUCAAGAAAACGUCUCGCGAUUUUGCGGUAGACAGAUCAAGGGUUGGGGCUGUAAAGUCUUGCCAUGUGCUUGGUGGGUAAUUAGAGUCCCAUUAGAAGCUGAUCACUAUAUGCAUCCAUGCUUGCAUUUCUUGACUGGGGUGUGUUAAGAAUGUUGAUGACUAAGCUGAAAUGACUGCAAAACUACUGUAACCAGUUUCACUCCGGUAGCUUAUUCGUAUGUAUUUUGUGCUUCAAUUGUGUAACACGCUAAUCACUUUUCUUAUGGCUCAAUAAUUUGGACUGUUGACCUCUGGGCAGCAAAAGCUGUGUCGAUGUGCCAUGCAUUCAUAGUGGCUGUUGAGCUGGGCCAAUACUUGUUAUGCCAUUUUGGGACUUUUUGUUUGAGGCUUAUAUUUUAAUCCCUCAUAGUUAAGCAGCCAGACACUUUCAUGUGGUUUUAUUUUUAUUUUAAAUGGGGCUAUGUUAUCUUAAAUGGAGUGAAAGAAAGUGGGCAUCUGCACACAAUUCUACUCCUUCAGUAAAAAAGAGGCAGUUAUCUGAUGUAAUAUUGGCUUAAAAGCUUACUGGAAAAACUCUACAAGCAAACUUUGGUACAGCUGAAACGGCAUUAAGCACUUUUCAUCACUGUGAAGUUCAUAUUAAUCACAAAGACGUGACAUGAUGAGUUAAAUGAGUUGCUGACUGACAGCAAAUGGAUGGUUUCCUUCUUUGAGGUGGGACUGCUGGCCUGUUAUAUUAAAUGGUGCUUCACUAAACGAUUGCAGGUGUUCCAGAGUCCAGUUUCCCAAAAGGUAGUGUUAGUGUUAAGGUUAUCUAAACUGGAGUGAGAGAGCCAGCAUCGCACUGAACACUAUCUCACUCCAGUUAAGCUGACCUCAACAUUAAUAUGCUUUUGGGAAACUAAACAUUCGCAGGUGUCCAGAGUCCAGUUUCCCUAAAAGCAUGUAAGUGUAAAGGUCAUCUUAACUGGAGUGAGAGAGUGUUCAGAGUGAUGCUUGCUGGACCAUUUAAGAAUCAAAUUUGUACUAAGAUGCUUUUGGAAAACCCAGCCCAGAUCAGUUUCUCCUGACAGUCAUAGGUUUUAGGUUCGCAGACAACUUCAGUUUCGGGUUUUAUGUUUGAGAUGACAUCAUCACGUUUCAUGUUUCAGUUUUAAUGCGCUGGUACUUCCUGUUCCUUAGAUUUCUAGACAGGUGUUACAAGGUGUUAACAGGGUAAUUCCUCUACUGCUUUUGUAAUUUACCAUUGGCAUUUCAAACCAUUGUAGGUGGUGAGGUACAAAAAACUAGAGACAAAAAGAGUUAGAUUAGCGAGAUAAGAAAGGUGUUGGAGGUGACCACAUCCUAAUGUGGUAGUGAAAACGCAUAAAAAUCGCCAGUACAGUUCCUGACAGGAGAUUGUUUCUUUUGGACAGAGCAAAGCUUAAACUUUUCUUUCAUCGUUGAUGUUUCCCUUUGGACGUCCUUUACCAGGGACCGGGCAACAAGCACCUUUAGGAGGUGUGUCAAUCUGGAAAUGUGACUUUAAAUGUUCAGUCUCCUCCUAAAUCACCUGGCAGUUCAGUAUGAUUAAACUUCAUCUUUUUAAAGAUCAAGACUGUCAUAGUUGUUGGUCAUAAGUAGAAAUAUGUUGGGGUGUUUAUGACCGUUGUCUGAAAUAUAUCUGCAAAUCUGCAGCGACUUACAGUUGCCGGAAGUACAUCUUCUGUCCUUUUUUGUGGACAGACUUGUAACGAAAGCAAUAAAGACGAAAAAAUUUUA